AUGGAAACAAAUGCAAUGAAUGAAGUAAGGAACGUUAGAGGCGAUAUGAGUUCUGAAACCAGGGAUCGCGUAACUCAGAUUUUGUACGACAUCAUUCAGAACAAUGAGGCCAAGUACCCUCAGACGCUUGCACGAGAGCUGAAGGAACACUGUGAUGACCAACUGAAGGGCACUUGGCACUGCCAUGUGGGCCCAAGUUUUGGAAGCUCUUUUCCCUUUGAAAAAGGUUCCUAUUACGCUGCAACUUACCGCGACCAAAAUAUUGUUCUUUACAAGUACGCACUGGAGAUUGAUAUCGAAUCAGUCAAGAGGGUUGCAGUCUUUUUCCUACAGCACAGCGAAUACCAAUCAUUGCUUGAGGAGUUCGACAAAACUGAAACGGCGGAAAGCAAGUGGAUGAAUACAAUGUCAGAUGAAUCUAUUGUCAAGAAUGUUGGAGGCGACAUGUCUAACUCAAAAAGAGAGGAAAUUACGAACUUUAUUACGCAGUACAUAAAAGAGGAUGAACAGAAUGCCACGUACCCGCAAAACCUCAGCCGACGAGUGAAGGAACAUUGUGACGCGAAAUACGGAGGAACUUGGUAUUGUCACGUUGGCCCCAGCUUUGGGAGGUUUGUAGCAAACUUUGCCUUUUUAGUAUUGUUGGAUUCCUUUUUUGGCCUAAAUAUUAACUGUGCAUUUAUCUUUAUUAUUUUACUGCUUUUGAAAUCAGAAUGUGAACAGUAG